GAAACCGAAAUAGUUAAGAAUUUACAUUUCCAAUCUGUCUACUAAACUGGUUUGAAAUGUUAGAAUAUGUCGGAGCAAAUUACUUGCGACAACGAUUGGUUCUGUCAAUUCUUAGUGGGAAACCUGUUCGUAUUUCCUCGAUCAGAGACAACAGCGAGAGUCCUGGUUUGAAUGAAUACGAAGCUAAUCUUCUUAGAUUUCUGGAAAAAAUUACAAAUGGAACCACAACGAAAAUCAAUGUCACUGGAACUACUUUAAUCUUUAGGCCUGGAUUGUUAAUAGGAGGGGUGAUAGAUCAUGAUUGUAACCCUCAGCGUUCCAUCAGUUACUUAUUAGAGGUUAUAUUCUUCCUUGCACCAUUUUGUAAAGAAAGGGUUAAAGCGACGUUUCGUGGAGUAACCAAUGAUUCAUCUGAUCCGACAGUUGAUUUUUAUAGAUUGACAAGCUUACCAGUCAUGCGAAUGUUCGGAGUGCUUGAUGACCUGGAACUCAAAGUUAUUAAGCGAGGAUUUGCCCCUGAAGGGGGAGGUGAAGUGUUUUUUCAAUGUCCAAAUCCAAGAAAAUUAAGACCCCUUCAGUUUUUCGACCAAGGAAAAAUAAAACGGAUACGUGGUACUGCUUUUGCAUCAAAUGUUUCCCCACAAAUUCCAAAUCGUGUUAUAGAAUCAUCAAGGUCUGUGUUAAAUACUUAUUUGCCUGAUAUUUAUAUUUACGCUGAUCAUUUGAAAGGAAAUGCUGCUGGGAAAUCUCCUGGAUUUGGAAUCGUACUAACCGCGGAAACCACAACAGGUGUUGUUUUAGCCGUGGAAAAUUCAUCAAAUCCCAAAGGGCAAGGUGAACCUGUUAUUCCUGAAGAAUUAGGCACAAAAACUGCAAACGAUUUGCUCGAAGAAAUAUUCAACGGAGGAUGUGUGGACUCUGUAAAUCAAGGACUAGCGGCUUUAUUCAUGGUUCUUUGCGAGCAAGAUGUUUCUAAAUUGAUGGUUGGUUCGUUAACGGACUACACAAUAGAAUUGCUAAGACACAUAAGAGAUUUUUUCCAAGUAAUGUUCAAACUCGAAACAAAAACGUUUGAUCAUGAUGAAAAAGGGGGGAGGAUGGGCGGUGAUAAAGUGAUAAUGACUUGUGUUGGGAUUGGAUACUCUAAUAUCAGCAAAACCAUGAGAUAAACGAAAUAAAAUAAUGAAUGAAUGAUUGAUUUGGUGGUUGUAGGUAAUGAUACAAGUUAUGGAGACUAUAUGUUAUGCAGUUAAUUAUGGAUAUAAGUUAUGGGGACCAAAUAAAUUAAAGAUUCAGUAUUGUUUUUGGUGAAUAAUAAUCAUCAUUUUUGACGUAGUUGUGUGUUUGAGUCAAUGAAUUUCAAAAUUUAAGAUCGGGAGUCAUGGAACUGAUAAGUCAAUUCAACCACUGCACAGUCAAAUCGGUUUCUAUAACUAAGUCAAGUUGAGUCCUUUCAAUGGAUAGACUCAAGUCAUUAUGAAUAUUGACUCACGUCUUACUAGUUGAUUGUAAUAAAAUCUGAGUUCAUUAAGAGCUACACAGUAUCUUUUUUUUCAGCAGGCUUAUUUAGUAAUGCUUCAACUUUUGAUUCUUUUUGGAACAUUAUAAUUAUAACUCAAUAGAACCUUUUUUGUAAUGAUUUAUUGCAUACUGAAUUACAACUUUAGUUUUAACUAAUGUCUCUUGUUACUUGUCUCUAUACUUCUCGGUGCCAAUUUCCAUUUUACUCUUUGCUAAGUCUUUCAUUCGUUCAUGUUUUGAAAGCAUAUCAUCACUCACUCAAUCAUGUUUUUUAG